CAUCCUCAUCCCUCAUCGAUUACUCUGAUCCUAAACAAAAGUAUUGACCUAUUAAUUAUAAAUCUCGGAUAUUCUCGACGGUCAGAUUUACUUUCAUGGCCGGAACAAGUGCCUCAAAGAGCAAAAUCUUGUCGUUCUUCAAGUACGACGUCUUCCUUUGCUUCCACGGCAAGGACACCCGUGAAGGCUUCACCAGUUACCUGCACGAUGCCCUGCGCCACAGCGGCAUAAAGGCCUUCAUGGACGUCCAGCUGCCGAAAGGGCGGCCCCUCAAUGAUCUCAUCGAGAUGAUCCCCAAGUCCAGGUUCACGGUGGUCGUCUUCUCUGAGAACUUUGCAUCCUCUGAAUGGUGCCUCGACGAGCUGGCGCGGAUCGUCGAGUGCAAAGAUAACAUGGGGCUUGAGGUGCUGCCCGUCUUCUAUAAGGUGGAACCCUCCGAGCUGACAGAUCAACUCAAAGGCCGGACGGUUGAGUACUUGGCUGAGCACGGAAAGAGACACGGGGAGAAGGUCCAACGGUGGAGGCGCGCUCUGAAGGUUUUCGGCAGGUUGGAGGGUUUACCUUACAAGCAUGGGAUUGAGUCACAACUCGUCGAGGAUAUCAUUGGCACGAUCCACGAAAAGCUGAACUGGAAAAACCGAGUGCGGCGGAGAGCGUCGGAAGCAUUACAUUACUAUGGCCAAUGGGCAAGAUCGUAAAAGAAUAAUAUCGAAAAAGAACUGAUCGUGACUAUGAAAGGGAUAACAUGUUGACCCUAGCUAAGUCAGGGAAAAUAGAAGACCCAACCACAUCAAGCGCAUAGCGGUUCAGUUAAGGCAUUUAUUUGUUGGAAAUUAAUUCAUUGAUUUAACACGUAAAACUUAUUCUGCAACAAGAAUGAUGUAUUCUUUUUUUCGUUGAAAUAUAAUGCAUCUUGUAAACAUAGAUGGUUGAUUAUUUUUUAGUUACGAGGGUGGUCCAUUGGCUCAGUAUGCAAUGUAUGAAUCUUAGCUAAUAAUUAAUAA